ACCGCUCCAUUACCGCACGAAUCCGUAAAUCCUCCAUCCUCGAACCCCGAUUCAGCUAUCCCCGACCGCAAUCGCCCCAUCCGCAACCGGAACCCCCCAUUCGUCCCCCACUAAACGACGGUGACUGUUAUGUUCAUGGAGGGCCUCGACGAGUCAGCGAUCAGCUCGAUCAAGCAGGGAACGGACGCCGCACCGCCGCGGUCUCUGCUGGCCAAGCGCCCCCCUGCCAAGGAGCCCCACGAUGCAUAGCAGGGCGUGCGACGACAUUGGCAUGUUCUCUCCCCCAAGCGCUUGCCGCUGGUGAGAACCACUAUGACCCGCCACUUGGGGUUGCUCGGACGCCACUCUGUGCUCCUCUCGGCGGCGGACUCUGAUGAGUCGGAGGACAGGGAGGAGGAAAGCGUCGCAUCGUGGGGGUUGCCUGAGGAGUGCUACAGUGGCAACUUCUCCGAGACCGCCGACGAGGAUGGGGGCGUGUGCUCCAGCAACUCCAGCCUGCUACGGGGGGCCAUUGACCGGUGUAGCAGAGGGUGGGAUGAGGUGGUCACGUCGCAGCUGAGCAGGAGGGGCAGCGGGCUUACGCGGGGCCAAUCCAAGGAGAAGUUGCGGGUUGAGGUGCGAGCGGCGAGCGCGUUCGCCGCUGGGAAGUGCUCCGGUGGCCAAGAUCCCGUGGAUUCGAGCUCCCAUGGACGCUAUUUUGAGGAGCAUAAUCUUCUGGCUUUGGGGACACCCAGUGCCCCUCCAAUUGCAGGGGAUGAGGAGUCAUGUUUGAUGCAAUUGGAAUAGCUGAAACGAUUGGAGGCCUUGAGAGGACUGGGGUAUCGUCAGUAGCAGAUAUACUGGCCGCAGAUGUUCACGAGCUUCCAGUGAGGUGAAGCUGGUGAUCGUAAAUUGCGGGUUUUAUAGCAUUAAAACUUUAGAACAAUUGUAGCUGACAUUUGUUCUUUCCAUGAAAUAAUGCAAUUCUGAUCGUCUUAUUUGCAAAUAACACUAUAGCUACAGGGGGCUCUGAAUGAGACCACACAUUAUCAGUUGAGUUUUUUUUUUACUUAUAUCCUUUCAAUUUAUGAAGCAAUCACGUUUUUGCUGUUGACUCCUGCUGUUCUCUCUCUCUCUCUCUCAAUGAUUUAGCAUUGUAUGUGGAACAGAUGGGCAUCUUAUACAUGGUUAUAAUUUAAUUUAUGUGUGCUUAACGUCUUUCGUCGCUAUUAUUCAUGUCUCCCAAUGGAAAUUGUUGUGAGGAGGAGGGCCGAGGCCAGGGGUCGUGUAUGAUGAAGAAGGAGACGUUUGGUAGGGUGUUGCUCAGUCAGGUGAAGUGCCUUGUGUGCAAAGGGAGAGUUAAACAAGACUGACGAGAUCAUGGACAUCAGUCUGGAUCUACCCGGUAGCAGUUCUGUUGGUGAUGCUUGCUCGCUUCUUUCAGCUGGAGAUAUUGGAGGGUGCAAAUAAGUAAAUUUGUGGAAGGUACGCUUUUCUUUUCUUUUAUUUUUUCGUUUUUAGAGCUUAGAAGUGCUUAUUGGAAUGAAGGAUUCCCACAGGAAAAUUACAGGAGUCGAUAUCCAAUAGGAAUUUUCACUCUUCGCUGUUUGGAAUGUGAAAGCCUUUUAUGAAAAACCUGGGGUUGAUUCUAACAUUUUGGAGGAAGAAAAAUUAUGAUUUUGAAUCCUCCAGGAAUUUUCGUUUACGAUGGAUAAUCCCCACUGUAAAAAAAUAUAGGAUCAAUUUCCUUUUUCUUUGGAUUCCACAGGAAUCUAACCAUUAGUUCCAACCUCUUGAAACUUUUCCUACUUGGCUAUUUGUGUAGAUAAGGAAAAGCUUACUAUUCUGAAUUUCUUGAAAGCGUACACUCAUUUUACGCCAAGGCAAAAAGAAUCACAGCUAGCCAUGCUAAAUGCUAACCUUGGACUAUUGCCUAGAUGGCCAGUUCAUCAUUGCUUAACAAGGAAAAACCCAACCAUGGAUUGGGAAGAGUCUCAUCAGUGCUGUGAAAUGCCGCACUGCAUGCCACUGUCAUUGCCUCCACUGCAUGCUGGUAUUAGUGCCAGCAUCACGUAGUUGCUUACAUCUCCUCUGAUACAUGUUAGGAGAUAGAGUGGAAGUGCCAGCAUCACAUUGUUGCUUACAUCAUCGGGAGUUGUUUCUGAUUAUCUGUGUUUUUCUUUUUGGAAUGAUGCUAUUAGAGGUUUGAGGGAAUAAAUAGUGGAAAGAUCAACGUGAAUAUAGAAUUCAAGAAGGCUCUUGUUCUUUCUGACUUCAUUUAUAAUAAAAAGCAGGUAUAACAUGAAAUUUUAUUUCUUCAUUCUUAUUUUUUUAAAACUUCUCUUAGGCUGGCAAAUAUCGUGAAUGUAAAGCUCUCUAUAAAUCAAUUUAUUCCCUUGGUAGGUUACUCGUUGAGCUGAAACCACAUGCUUGCUAUUUCUUUGUUAGUUUUGGUAUGAUGCUUUCUUGUGGUUAUACCAUUGCUUGAUAAAAAGCUAACAAUGAUAAUUGAUUCAGCCGUUACUACUGUUUGAAAAUUGCAUGGUAUUUUAGGCUCAUGAUAGCCUGAGAAAAUGGCUGCACACUAAUGUUAGUCUUGCAUUUGCUGAAUCUACCAGGACAGUAUAUGCAGGUACCAUCAUUUUAAUUGUCUUCAAUCCCUAUAUCUACAAUGUCUUGAAAAUGUUCUUCAGACUUAGUUGUGGAACUAUGAAACGAGAGAUAACCUAAAUCUCUCCGAUUAUAGUGAAAAUCUCCAAAUCUCAACCUCAAUGUUUAUUUUCAAAUCCCUGUAUCUCUGCUGAGGUUACCACUGCACUACGCUCCAUCAUGCUGAGGGCUGACGCACAAGCCAACUGAUACCACUCAAAGAUACGUGUGUUUGGGAAUGGCAUUUGGACACUAGCCUCACAGCUGCAUUCGUCCUGGUUGCUCUCAUUGGGGUCGAAGGUCUAAUAGUUUUGCAGUAUCAUGUCAAAAAGGGAAUUAGGAGGGAGAGGAUGAAGUAGGAGAGGGGAAGGUAUAUUACUGUGCGAGACACAUGUCUAUCUUUCUAUUGAAGGAUGUUGUGAUGAGUCUGACAAGUGGCAUUGAAUAAGUAUUUGUAAUUUUAGAUUUUAGUAAGUGUAAGGCAUUCUUUAUUUUUGAAUUUAUGUAUAUUAUCUUCUCUAUUUAUUUAUUUUCAACUAAA